AUGACUUCUUUAACCGCGAUUCACCUGCAGGUGUUGGCUCCAACUUAUACUUCUGGAAGUGUAUCCUCUAGCUCGACGUUGCGGUCCCCCGACUUGAGCUCUCGCGACGAUGAUGGAGACGAUGAGUAUGCGAAGGAGGAUGAUGAAGAAGACGCUGAGAACAGACGACGCCACCACCGCCGCCAUCGCCAGAGCGACCAUGGCAGAGAUGACCAAUGUGAUAAGGAUGAGGAUGGCAAUGGGCGCUAUCUCAAUAUACCCUCGGCACUAGAGAUGGGCCAAACAGCACUUCGGAUCUCAACCACACACCCCUCUUUGACACUGCCCUCCCUCCACCAAAAGAGGCGUAGGUCCUUCGAGCCACAAACCCCCGACACUGCCCGUCUAUCCCUUCGCGAAUCCCGCGUCCCGUCCUUCUUAUGCCUCAGUCCAUCUCACAGUCGUCGGGCGUCUGUCAAUGGAAUCGACCAUGCGCUCAAACUGAAUUUCUUGAGUACCCUCGGACCGGGCAUCCCAGUUACCCCGACGGCUUCGGUGUUUGGAGAUGGGCUAAAUAACUUUAUUCGACGGGAUCCAUCGAACCCUGGCGGGUUGUUUGGGUAUACGCCUGAGGAGGAGAAGCGGGUUGUGCACAAGAUUGAUUGGAGGAUUAUUCCGAUCUUGGGGAUGUUCUAUGGUGCCUCUACCCUCAACAGGAUCAAUUUAACGAAUGCGAGGAUGUUUGCGUUCGAGAACUCGCUUCAUUCGACACAGGAGCAGUUCAGUUGGGCGAUUGCAGUGUUCUAUAUCGGAUAUGGGAUUGCAGAGAUCCCCUCCAUCAUGGCUCUUCUUUACCUCACCCCUAAAGUCUGGCUCCCAGCAUCCAUGUUCACCUGGGGAUGCAUAACGUUCCUGAUGGCAUGGGUCAAGAUCUUUCCACUUCUAAUGGUGGGACGGUUCGUCCUGGGUAUCACCGAAGCGGCCCUCAUCCCGGGUGUAUUGAUGUACGUUGCCAUGUUCUACAAGCGGUCUGAACAGACAUUCCGGAUGGCCCUCCUACAGACGUUCAGCUCUGCGGCGGGAGCACUCGGUGGAUUGAUCUCGAGUGGGAUUGGGCAUUUAGAUGGGCGGUUUAAUCUCCAUGGGUGGCAGUGGAUCUUUAUUAUCGAGAGUCUUCCCACCAUGGCGCUUGCCGUCGCUGCCUGGUUCUUGCUGACAAAGUCACCAGAGUCGGCGCCGUGGUUGGACCAGAGGGAGACAUCGAUUGCGAUCUACAGGAUUCGGAAUGAUACCAAGAUCAAGGUGUCGAGACAGAUCACAAAGGAGAAUGUCCUUGCCGCUCUGAAAGAUCCCAAGGUCUACAUCUUCAUGAUCCUCAACCUCUGUGUCACCAUUCCAGUCAUUUCAUCGAAUGGAGUGCUGAGCAGGGCAUGGAUGGCGAUGGCAAAAGCGCUGAAGGACGGAAAUUUACUCGAUCCAUCCACUACUCUCCCAGGAGUUAUUUCCAAAGAACCCAUCUCCAUCAUCAACUCGUCCCCGGGGUACCUCCAACCAGGCGUCCAACCGUUCAUGCGAGAGCCGACGAGUGAAGCACGAAUGUUGGCACAGCUGCUGAGUUCCCCUUCUUAUUUGAUGGGCGCGGUUUCGACGUUUGCUGUGGCUAUCCUAGCUGAUCGGACACAGCAGCGGGGGGUGAUUAUGAUGGGUCUCGCAAUGGUGACAGCUGUUGGGUACUGCAUGAUGCUCUUCACUCUCAACGUCUAUGUCAAUUAUGCAGGGGUUAUUAUCAUUAGUAUGGGCCAAACACCGAUGACGCCGAUUGUGACAUCGUGGUUGACGACCAAUGUUGGAGGCUACGCGAAACGCGCGAUUGCGGUCGCCAUGUUCUUGCUUUCGUCCAGUGUUGCUGGUGUGAUUGGAUCCCAGCUCUACAGAUCGCGCAAUGCUCCUCACUACACGAAGGGACAUCUGGUAAACAUCGGGAUGAUGGUGGCGAUCAUGCUAUUCUCGUGUUUACAACGGUUCAUGCUGAAACGCGAGAACAGUCGCCGGAACUACUCGGUCAGCUAUGGAGUCAACCCGCUCAAGAUCUUGACCAAGGCCGAGAUGCGCGAUAUUACUGAUAAGCACCCUGCAUUUCGAUACACUCUCUAG